AUGUCUUUGCUGGAUGGACCAAGCGUACAGUUGGCCAUGCUAGGACUGGACUCUGCCGGUAAGACUACUGUUUUGUACCGGCUGAAAUUCGACCAGUAUACAAAUCCCGUGCCCACGAUAGGCUUCAACUACGAAAAAAUCCGCAUAAAAUGUGGCAAGGCGAAAGGAGCAACGUUCUGUAUUUGGGACGUGGGCGGCCGCGACAAGACGCGACCCUUGUGGAAGUCCUACACCAGGUCUGCCGAUGGAAUCGUGUUUGUUGUGGACAGCGUCAACCGCGAGAAACUGGAAGAAGCUCGGGUGGAACUUCUACGGCUGCUGCGUGGAGCCGAGGGCAGUAGUCUGCCAGUCUUACUAAUAGCAAACAAACAGGACCUCCCGGGUUCUAUCAGUCCCGAGGAAAUAGAGAAGUUCCUUGCGCUGAACGAAAUUUCUCCCGGUCUACUCUGGCACGUCCAACCGGCCUGUGCCGUCACGGGUGAGGGACUUGUCGAAGCCAUGGACGCCAUUGAAUUAUUUUUCUCAUCAUUGACUGGAUUGUUUCCUUUUCUUUUUCUUUUUUCUUCUCUUUGUUUUUCUUCUUCUCUUUGUCUUUCUUUUUCUUUCUUCUCCUUUUUUUUCUUUUCUUUCUUCUUUUUUUCUUUCUUAUCUUUUUCUCCUCUUCUUUGUUCUUUCUUUGUCCUUUCUUUUUUUGUUUUUUCUUCUCUUUCCUCUUUUUCUUUCUUGCUUCUCUUUUUCUGCCCUCUUCUUUCUCACCUUUUUUUUUUUUUUAAACAGCUAACAUUGUUUUGUAUAUCUGAACCACAAGUAGGUCUAACACACACAAGGCAUAUCUGGCAUUUUCAGCAAUUCUUCAAGUCUUUUUGCAAUGUUAUCUAUAUACAGAGCGAUUGA